AUGAAAUUUUUUCAAUUUUAUGUGCCAUUUUUGGUAUUAAUCGUCUGUAAUUCAACUCUCAACAUAAACUUCAUCCUCAAAAAUGACAAAAAGCUGUCAAAUUAUGUCUGUAAAGUCACCAAAGACAUAAUUUCGUCCAAAAGUGACACUAAGGAUGUACUGAUUGGAAAUUUAGGAGGAAAAGUGUGGUCGUCGACUGUCAAUGACAUUGCUGGAUGUGUUGGACAAGACAGUGCUGUUGUAGCUAGUGACUUUAAGGAGCCAUUGACUGUAGAGACGUUGAGGAAAGCAAUUGUUAUUAUUUUGGCUGUUGGAUAUAUUAAUAAGGUUGAUUAAUAUGAUUUUUUUUUUCCUUUUGAGUUGAAAUUAAUAUUUCCAUUUAAUUCACAUUAGCAAUCAAUUCGUGCAAUUAUCGCUGACCACAUGUUCUCCACAGUUUGGA